AUGGCCGCCAAGAAGAUGUCCAUCGACAGCAAGCCUACACCCAGGCACGAGAGUGAGGACUCGGCCGCAUCUACCCCCGAGGGUGAACCAAACCCUGUUACCCCCGUCGCUACGGUACCCGCACAGCCCAAGCGAAAGGGCGGGCGCAAGCCUCUUUAUGCUACCUCUGAGGAGCGUAAGCAAAGAAACAGACAGGCUCAGGCCGCCUUUCGUGAGAGGCGCACCGAGUACAUCAAGCAGCUUGAGGCAGCUAUCGCGGUCCACGAGGGCAAUCUGGACAGCCUCCAGACGGCCCACCGCAAUGCUGCCGAUGAGUGCCUCAUGCUACGCUACAAGAACUCGCUUCUCGAGCGUAUUCUUCUGGAAAAGGGCAUUGAUGUCAAUGCCGAGCUCCAGGCCAAGAAUGGCAGCCCGAUCCUGGGCCCAACCCACAUGCCACAGAACAUGGCCCAGCCGGCCCAAUUUCACAGACCCGUCAUGAACCGUGUUCGCAAGUCAGUGUCUUCUCUUGCCCCGAAGGUUGAAGCCAGCAACACUGCUAUGGCUGGCGUCAAGACCGAGACCUCUCCUCAAACUCGCCCCAUGCACUCUCCAAUCAACGCAGGUUCUGCCUUCGCUUCCACCGUGGAGAAUGUCCCGGGCGGUCGUUCACAGAUGCCUGCUAUCCUCACCGAAAUGUCGGGCCAACCGCUCAUGGACCGCCGCUCCGGUUCUGUCAGUUCUGGAGUCUACGCUACUUCUACCUUCCACGGCCACCUCGAUCAGCUCGAGCAUGAGUAUGAUCACAAUCGAGAUAUGAUGCAAGACUCUGAGCUGGACAAUGGCACACACAAUGAGCCCUUUCCCCACACCUUCGACGGUGGUGACAACAUGAUGGUCUCGGCCACCUCAGCCACGGCCACCUCAGCCACGGCCAGCCACCAGGUUCCCGCGUCGGGCCCAGGCUUUUCGUCCAUGAGCCAGCUUCUGGAACAAAACUUAGAUUGGGACCCCUUCGGUCUCAGUGCCAGUAUGAACUUCCCUCCACAACAGCUUCCAUUUGAGCAUCCCGGAACCCUGCGAUAG